ACGAUCCUUCAGAGUAAAACCGUAUGAAAGACGCAGAGGAAGCUUUGCGCCCAGUGACUUUUUUCGUGGCUUUAGCCAGUCGUAUAAUUCCUCCGAAAAAUUCAACACAGGGGCUUCAAGGGUCGGAAAUACAGGAUUCCAGUUCCAAAGAGAUCGUGGCGGAUGUUUCUACUGUCGGCAAGUCGGACACAUGGUCAGAGACUGCCCAUACCUCAAAGGCCAGCCCAUCCCCACCUUGUCAACCUCAACUACAUGCACAAGUGGAACCUCUAAGCAGUGAAAAUAAUGAAGUACGCAGUGUUUGGACAGAAAUUCAGGAAAUGAAAAAGGACAGCAGACUUUCUUCAGCAGCAUCAAACAUUCAGCACAUAAUCAGGAAAGGGAAGAGUGAUAGUUCAAAUAAAAUGUACGACACAUAUUUUAAAAAGUUCAGGACCUGGUGUUCAGAUCAUGGUGUUUCUCAUUUACCCGCGGCAGUGAGUACGGUAGCCGUAUUUCUUAGCAGUCUCGUGCAACAGUCGGUGUCAGAAUCAGUGUUAUCAGCUUAUUUUUACAGUAUUAAGUGGUUCCAUGAUUUCAAUGUGUGCAUUAAUCCGUGUGAUACAAAAAUUCUGCAUAUGGUUAUGGAAGGAGGAAAAAGAAUCCUUAGUAAGCCGAUUCAGAAGAAGGAACCUAUUACGCCCGAAAUUUUGGAGCAGAUCAUAAACAAAUACGGUGAUGACAGUCGGAAAAAUGACUUAUUAAGUGUAAGAGUGUGUGCUAUGUUUCUGAUGGGAUUUGCGGGGUUUUUAAGAUUUAAUGAACUUGCGAACUUAAGAGUUAGAAAUAUUUCUUUUCAUGAUUUUUACAUGUGUUUACAUAUUGAAAGCAGCAAAACUGACGUUUAUAGACGAGGUAAUGAUGUUCUCAUUGCAAGUACAGGUAAUGCUACAUGUCCUGUGUUUUGGGCAAAACAUUAUUUACAGUUAGCUGGAAUAUCAGGAAAACCAGACGAUUUCAUUUUUAGAUCUGUACGUUAUUUCAAAUCAGCUAAUUGUCACAGGCUUUGUAAUAUCAACAAGCCUAUUUCUUACACCAGGGCACGUGAAAUAUUACUUGAUUCUUUAUCAACCAUUGGUGUGGAUUCAAAGCUAUUUGGUUUACAUAGUUUACGUAGUGGUGGCGCUACUUCUGCAGCUUCAUGUGGGGUAAAUGACAGGUUAUUGAAAAUACAUGGUCGUUGGAAGACAGAUUUUUCAAGGGAUAAUUACAUUAAGGAUUCUGUUUCAAAGCAGUUAAAUGUAACGAAGAAUUUACGCAUAUAAAUUUUGUUGUUUGUGUAUAUGAUUAUUAAAAUUGUUUUUGUGAAUCUAUAUUUGUCUAUAUAUGGUUAUAAUUGCAUUGUAGGAAAUCAGCCCAAUGAUAAAUCUCUUUGAAUCUCUAAGCACUAGCGAGCAGCGUUCCUACUUAACAUGUGUUGUGUUUUAUUCAUUUAGCACUUCAUUAAUUUAUAUUCGGACGAACGAAGUGAGGGAGAAUAUAAUUAAAAUUAUGUGCGGUAUGUGUUCGAAAAGUUUUCUUCUGAAGUCACGUGGUUAUUUGGGGUAUAAAUAGUAAGGCCAUGCGGUAGCACGGCACUCUAAGCUUGCUCGCGAGGAUUUAAAGAUUGUAAGAAAUAUGGAGGAUAGUAAUGCAAUGGAGUGUAAUGAAGUUGGGCUAUACAGUUGGUUUCAUAAAGUGGUUAUGUAUUAGAAUUGAAUAAAAGCACUAGCGAGCAGCGUUCCUACUUAACAUGUGUUGUGUUUUAUUCAUUUAGCACUUCAUUAAUUUAUAUUCGGACGAACGAAGUGAGGGAGAAUAUAAUUCUG